CCAGCUCCCACGACACAGCAGCUCCCGAGUGCCCCACCCAGGCCCUGCUCUCAGCUUGCCUCUGGGGGCUUGGGGUCGGGAGCUGGAACUGGAUGAGUGGGGCCGUCUCCAAGCCCCUGUGGCUCAGUGCAGCCUCAGCAAAAACUGUCCUCGGCCCCUGCACCCAUUCUCUGCCUGAGCCUCCAGUGCUGGCAGCAAAGAAGGCAGGAGGCUGCCAACCUCAGGCCGCUCCUUCUCUCCCCUCCCAGCACAGCCGGUCUUACCAGUCGUGCAGGCACCUGAGCACCCCCUCUGGUGGCAGCAGCAGCUAAAGACUGUCUCUGAAGGAAGGGGCUAGAACUCGCUGGACUGGCCUCAGUCUCCCUCUCUCGGGAACGGCCAGAGUUUGCUGGAGUCUGAUCUACCCAGCCUCCAGGCCUCUCUUGGGAUGGGCCUGGCUUACUGACCCUUGACCUCAGCCUGGGAGGGAGCAGAUAGGAUGAAGGACCUUCUGAGACCCAGAUGACAUUGACCCAGGGCAUGGCCUCCCGCCCACAGCUCUGAAAGGGGUGCAGUGUCAUUCACCGCUGGACUUCGGCAGUACCCAAAGGCACUGCUCAGUCUCCAGGCCUGUCUCCUUCCAGCUCUGCCGAGGUCUCCGCUGAGGUCAGCCGGCUGCGUCCUCCGGAAGCUGGAACCCCCAAUGGCGGCCCAGGGUGUCCUCUGGGUCCUGCUCGGACUGCUCCUACGGCUGGAGCCAGGAACAGCGACCCUGCCCCUGGUCAUGGACUCCGUCAUCCAGGCCCUGGCUGAGCUGGAGCAGAAGGCGCCAGCCACUGAGGCCAGCCACACUGCCUCUGCGUGGCUACUGACAGCCCAGGACUCAGGCCCCCACGACGCCCUCCACCACUUCCUGCUGGAGGGGCGACGUCUCAAGGCCAUGGAGCUGGACCCCCCUCCACUGAGCCCAGAGCUGCGAGGCCUGGCCAAGGAGGUGGCCCGACACGGCGUGCGGGACGGGCAGGAACACGGGGUGGUGCUGGCACCUGACGGCUCGACCGUGGCUGUGCAGCCUCUGCUGGCGGGGCUGGAGGCAGGGUUGCAGGGGCGACGGGCUGUCAGCUUGCCCUUGGAGAGCACGGCCACCCCUCCAGAUGCCAGAGGCCCCUCUCCAGCUGCUGGAGGCUCAGUUCCUGAUGUCAGAGUCCCCUCCCCAGGAUGCAGGGAUGCCUCUGCAGACGUCACCUCUACAGAUGCCAGAGCCGCGUUCCCAAACGCAAGAGCCGCAGACCUAGGCAUCACAGCCACCUCUCCAGAUGUUAGACCUGGCUCUCCAGAUGUCCCAGCCUCCUCACCAGGUGCCAAAGCCGAGUCCCCAACUAUUGUGGACAGCCUCCUGGUGGUCACCCUGGCCAAAGACCUGGGCCUGACCUUCCUCCAGGGCCCCCAGACCCAGAGCCACCCAGGCCUGGGAAGUGAGGGCUGCUGGGACCAGCUCUCUGCCCCCCGGGCCUUCACGCUCCUGGACCCCCAGGCAUCGCCACUCACCACGGCCUUCCUCAACGGUGCCCUGGACGGGGCUCUCCUUGGAGACUACCUGAGCCGGGCCUCUGAGCCCCGGCCACCCCUCAGCCGCCUGCUGAGCCAAUACUAUGGAGCUGGGGUAGCAGGAGACCCAGGGUUCCGCAGCAACUUCCGACGGCAGAACGGAGGGGCUCUGAUUUCAGUCCCCACCCUGACCCAACAGGUGUGGGGGGCCCUCAUCCUGCUACAGAGACUGGAGCCAGCACACCCUCAGCUGCAGGGCCUGAGCCCAGAACAGCUGGUGCAGGUGGCCACCCACGCUUCCACAGAGUUCACGGAGGCCUUCCUGGGGUGCCCGGCCAUCCACCCGCGCUGCCGCUGGGGCGCGGCGCCGUACCAGGGCCGCCCGACGCCGCUGCAGCUGCCGCUCGGGUUCCUGUACGUGCACCACACGUACGUGCCGGCGCCCCCCUGCACCGCCUUCGAGCACUGCGCCCGCAACAUGCGCUCCAUGCAGCGCUUCCACCAGGACACGCGCGGCUGGGGAGACAUCGGCUACAGUUUCGUGGUGGGCUCGGACGGCUACGUGUACGAGGGCCGCGGCUGGCACUGGGUGGGCGCGCACACGCGCGGUCACAACUCCCGCGGCUUCGGCGUGGCCUUCGUGGGCAACUACACGGCCGAGCUGCCCACCGAGACCGCGCUGCGCACCGUGCGCGACGUGCUCCCGCGCUGCGCGGUGCGCGCCGGCCUCCUCCGGCCGAGCUACCGGCUGCUCGGCCACCGCCAGCUCGCCACCACCUGCCCCGGCGACGCGCUCUUCGACCUGCUGCGCACCUGGCCGCGCUUCGACGCGAAUGUGAAACCAAGAACUGCCAGGAGGGCUUCCAGGAGAGGACCCCCCGCCAUGAUCCUGCCAGCCACAGACCUCCAAUAAAGGGACCAUGGAAAGAAA